AUGACCUCUGGUGGAAUCAGUCACUGGGAGAUCCCUGUGGAUGAAUUCAUCCUGGCCUUUCCACAGCACCAGUUAGUAGUGAUCAGGGAAGGUCACCACCAAAUCAAGCAAGGUACCUGUGAGGUGGUUGCUGUGCACCGAUGCUGCAAUAAGAACCGGAUAGAAGAGCGGUCACAGACAGUUAAGUGUUCGUGCUUCCCAGGACAGGUGGCUGGCACAACUCGGGCUCAACCUUCUUGUGUUGAGGCUUCUGUCGUGAUUCAGAAAUGGUGGUGUCACAUGAAUCCUUGCUUGGAAGGAGAGGAUUGUAGAGUGCUUCCUGAUUACUCAGGUUGGUCCUGUAGCAGUGGCAAUAAAGUCAAAACCACAAAG